AUGCCACUAAAAGUUUAUAAUAAUAAUAAUAUCAUUCUAUUAAAAUGGUCAUUCAUAAUAUCUAUUUUACUAACUUUAAUUCAAUCAAUCUCGUCAGUUGAUCCACGUUACGGUCAUACUGCUACUCUUAUAAAUGAUACAAUAUAUUUUGUAGGUGGAAAAACAAAUGGUGAUAGAUUUACCGUGGAUUUUAUAAGUCUUAACUUAUCAAAUACUUUCUUAUUAAAUAUACCUCCUUGGUUAGAACAAGAUUCUACAGGAAUGCCAUUAACAUAUGAUCAUUCUGCUGUAGCUGGUGGUUUAAAUUAUACUAAAAUUGUGGUUUUUGGAGGCGGUGUGGGUGAUCCUGCUUCUGCUGCUAUGCCAAGUUUAACAGUUUAUGAUCCAAUACUUAAAUUUUGGAAUCGAUUAACAAUUUCUUCAACACCAAUAAGAAGAUUUAAACAUUCUGCUGCAAUAUUAUCAAAUCAAAAUAUGUUAAUUUAUGGUGGUGAAGUGGGUAGUGAAACUGGAAGUCAAACUAGUUUUGUAGAAUAUGAUUUUUGGAGUUUUAAUACUAUUUCAUUAUCUGCUUGGCAAGGUUUACCAUCUUUGGCUAAUUCUCCUGGAAUGAGAGAACGUCAUACUACUAGUGUUAUUGGAAAUAAGAUGAUUAUUUUAGGAGGUACUGACGGUAAAUCUCUUAUCUCUAUGAGUUUAAUCUAUGUAUUUGAUUCUGUUGCAGUUAAUUGGACUUUAAUAACUGCUACCGGUCAAGUUCCUUCUCCACGAAAUGAUCAUUCAGCUGUAGAUAACACUACAAUAUUUGGAGACGUUGCAGUUCUUGAUACGACAUAUUGGAGCUGGGUUGCUCCUCCUACAAAUAAUACACCUGUAAAUCGUUCUCAACAUUCGGCAACAAUCUUUGGUGCUAAUAUGAUCGUUGCAUUUGGAAUAAUUAGUCCUGGAGCAGGCCCUGGAAACAUAGAUAAUCAAAUAUAUUGUUUAAAUUUAUUAAAUUGGACGUGGGUAAAUAAUUACGUUCCACAAUCUUUUCCACCUGAUAGAAAUUUAACAACUCCUCCAACAACAACAAUAACUCCAACUUGGACUUCGGCUACUGCUUCUCCAACCAUCACCUCUACAAAUCCAAUUAAAAAUGACGAUCAAGAAAUAAGCAUAUCAAAGGGAUUGGCUAUAGGAUUAUUAGUUUUAUUAUUAAUCGUUUGCAUAUCAAUAAUAGCAUUUAUAAUAUAUUACAUUAAUCAUCAACGUAAAAUAUCAAAUGGUGAUACUUCAAAUCAAAUAGACACUGAAGAACAAAUGACUCAACCACAAAAUUCUAUAUUUGCUCAAACUUUACUUGGAAAUACUAGUAACAAUGAUAUAAGACCUGCUGAUCCUGAAAAUGGAAAACGACGUAGUGUAAAAUUUAGUGAAACUAAUAUAACUAUAACUCCUGUUGUAUAUACCAAAGGACAUCAUCCUCAAGGAAGUUUAGAAGUUGAACUUGGUAACACUAAUGAUCUUAAUGUGAUUAACGGUGUAUCAGGGCGUGACAUAAUAACACGGACAGGAAUGGAAACAGAAGAUGGUGGUAGUAGGUCUCGGAGAUUGAGUUCGUUAAGCAUCAAUAUUAUGAACAUUGGUAGAGGUUUGGAUGUCCAAAUGCAAAGUAGCGCGAUGUUGGUAUCAAGAAAUGAAUUAAGGGUUGUUAAUCCGGAUAUUACUGAUCAAGACGACAAUAAUUAA